GUGGGAGGACGAAGCACAGGAACAAGAGGGCCGUCAGCAGUAUGCAGUUCCAGUGUUCCGUCUGCCUCGUAGGGGUCCAGACAAAUGCGCGGCAAGUCAUAAACGCAGAGCAGGGCUGCUUGUCCAUGGCGACUGACGACAGCCACAUCGGCCAAGACAUGCGCUUGGUAUGUAUGACCCGGGGUGCUGGGCAUAAUGUCGUAUUCUGGUACCUUGCGUUGGUCGGCCCUAGCUAGGAAGAAAACUUGGGGCGAUACAGUCGGUAGGCUGCCACUAGUCUGCAAGGCUUUGGAUUGUCGAUUUGGACUUGGGGAUCUGCGUGUGGUCACCCCUGGUCAUCCGGCACGGCGGAAAAGAGGCUUUGUUGGAGGACAGGCCAGGGG